CUCUCUCUUACACUCAGAGGCAGCCUGUGAAAGGGUGCAUGGUCACUUGACCAAACAACUUUUUUUUUUCUUUCUUGUCAUUUGUGUGUAUCAUUAUGGAUGUUCCCAAUCAGGCAUAUCCUGUUUACCAAACCUGCCUUACCCUGCCUUACCACAGUGUCGCCCGAAUCUACCAGUGAGAAAACAUUUUAUUACACUCUCCUUCGUAUUCAUCAACACCACCUGAACAGUCCGCGUCACCGCCUCCCAAUCCGAGACCCGGCUAUUACUCCUACGUCAACCUCAAUCUUUGAAUCUUUUGGCGGUAGUGCCUCGAGUGCGCCCCAAGAUAACACGUCCGGCCCAUCUUUGACGUGGGGUCCCCUGCUCGCUGUUUUCAAGUGCUGCCCACCAUCUUCAGUACAAGCCAUUUUAGAUCGCUCUCACCCCACUACCAGCCGGACAAUGGGACAUGAUACUGGACUUCCACACCCAUUCUUGCAAUCUACCCAACCGGGUCGAUUUCACCGUGACCCUGUAUGCCUCGAUGGUUGUCUUGUGUUGAUCUGAGUUGUCCGAGACAUUUCCUUCGUGGCAAGGUCUCAUCGGCGUGCUCAUAAACUCUCAACGACCAAACGACUAGCGCCAGGAUUCCCGAGGAAUAUUGUUCAGUAGUCCAUAACACAUCGCAAAAU